CUCCCGUGCACCCGCGGUCUCCGCCUCCCACCCCGCCGCUUUUCCAAACUGAAACGGCUCUAUCCAAAGCCCAAAUCCGAAAAAAAAAGGGAGGGUGGAUUUCAACCAGUGCGGCCGGGGCCCGAUCGAUCCCCUUCCUCCCCGCCGCCGCCCGCACACCAACCGACUCCGUCUCCGAACCCAAUCCCCCUUCCCCCCUCUUUCCCCAAUCAGGCAGGCGGCGGCCGGCGGGGAGCGGGGCUCGCGGUCGACGGCCCCAGAUUCAAUUCCUUCCAAACUCUCGCCGGCGGCGCCGAUUCCACGGUGAGUUCCCUCCCCAGUUUCCCCUGGCCGCGGCCGGCCCCGCCCAUUUCCUGCGGAUUAGGGUUCCCGAUUUCGCAUUGACCCCGGUCGUGUCUGGUUGAAUCUGCGGAACCCGGGGUUUGUCGUGGGUCUCGGGAUGCGCUAGCCCCCGGCCUGCCACGGCGAUCGUCUCGUGGUCGGGCGAGCCAUGUCGUGGGGGCGGUUCAACAGCUUCGACCCCUACCAGGGGCCCACCUGGUCGUCGGCGCGGAGGUGCCCCGCGCCGAAGCCCGCGCCUUGCACCGUUGUGCUCCUGGAUGAGGAGGAUGACGGCGACGACUCCUCCGACGCGGAGGUUUUCAUAAUUGAUGGCGCGGUGCCGGCGGUGCCUAGGUGUCGGGCCAGGAAAAGGAACGGCGCGUCUGGUAAUGUGAUCAACAUAGAUGACGAUGAAGACGUGGAUGAGGGUACUGGAUGGGAUAAGGCAGGCCCCAGCACAUCCCGUGCAUCGUCUGGGUCUCCAGCGUCGAUGACACCAGGGCGAGGUUCUCCGGGGAACAGAUACGGGCUGGACAGCACAUCGGACAGCUCCGAGAGCGAUUUGUCUGAUCGGUGGGACUAUGCCACCGAUUAUGGCGGCAGCUCGGAUUGCGAGAUUCUGGAUGACACGGCUGGGACAGCCCGAGAGAUGUGGGAGACAGCUGCUUCAAAGAAGAGGACGCCUCAUGGUGUCAGAGGUACUGCAUUCACGUCAGGUAUGUGGUCGGAGGGUCUCUUUGGUGCAGGAUGCAAUCUAGAUGGCACUAAAUUUUGUGCUACAUGGAAGAAUGGUUCACAAAGUAACAGAGGUGGUACAAAGGAAGCCACUGAACAUGCUCAAAGUAGUGCCAGAGGAGCGAAUGAUGGCCAUGGCUCUUACAGAAAUAGCGGUGCAAAGGAUGUCCCUUCAGAAUAUGCUUCUAAGGGAAGUGUGCAAAAUAAUAAUGGCAGCUCAAACAAUGACUGUGGCCCUGCUUCACCGCCAAAUGCCAAGGAAUGUUCAAAUGGAGAACAAAAGGUCGUUCCUGAAAAAACUUCAGAAGGCUUUAAAUCUCCUUGCCAUAAUUUUGCCUCUGCAAAUAGGGUGUUUCGCGGAAGCUCCUCAGCAGAUUGGAAAGAUAGAAGUCCUCCAAUGUCUGUGAGUACUCCUGAAAAGAUUGAUGAGAAAAUGACUGAAGGUGUAUAUUCACAAAAGGAUAAGUCACCACUGGAAGCUUACAACAACACAGAUAUGUAUUGUGGUGCAACAUCCAGCAAGAGUACUUCUGUAAAUGUCUCUGGAAGUUGCUCUUUGCCUCAAAAGGAUUUGAUACAUGAUCCUGAAGAACUAGGGCAAUUUGCUUCAGUUCAAGAUGCUUCCAUGAUUGGUGUUCGUGAAAAACACAAAGAAUCUAUUGAGUUCAAACAGGCAGCAGAGGAGGAGUGGAAAUCCAGACAGCGGCAGUUACAGAUACAGGCUGAGGAAGCAAAGAAAUUGCGGAAGAGAAAGAAAGCUGAAGCUCAACGGUUGCGUGACAUGGAGAAAAGACAAAAGCAAAGAUUGCAAGAAGUCCGUGAAUCACAGAGAAAGAAUGAAGAAGCUAUACAGCUAAAGGAGCAGUAUCGGGGUGUAGUAAGAAAGGAACUUGAAGAUAUGGAAAGGAGAUACGGGGAUAUGACUUCAAUAUUGCGUGCCCUAGGCAUCUCUGUUGAAGGUGGUGAGGUUAAAGCCUAUAAGCAAGCACUUCUGAAAUUCCAUCCAGAUAGGGUAUCAAGAAAUGACAUUUAUCAACAGGUCAAAGCAGAGGAGACAUUCAAGUUCAUUUCACGACUGAAGGAGAAGCUGCCGCGGUUUUUGCUAACAAUAUAAUCCAGUACCCAAGAUCGCACAAAACAUCUCGAGCGCAUCUCAUUUUUGUGCGUGUCUUUAGUCACAUCCUCCUUUUCGAGGCAGAAAUCUCACCUGCCGGUCAAGACCCAGAGUUCAGAAGAUAUUUAUUGUCGUCCUUAGAAGGAACUAGGGCUUUAGAAUUCGUUAAAUGCAACUUUUUCCCCCUUUCCUUGAAGUGGUAGGGAUUCUUGUUAGCCGUAAACUCUUUUCUUGGGUUGGGAUCGGGAAUUGGUUGUACAGGAGCGAUAACAGAAAGAUCAUUCUCUUGCAGACCAUCUUUCAUGACUUGCUAGUGAUUAGCGCGCCCCCAACAGCCCAUGAGCACGUGUUGUCAGGCUGCCAUAGUUGGGUAGGAUAUGCUUUAUAAUCUGCUAAUUUAAAUUUAGUCGGAUUCCUCA